CCUCGAGCCUCGUUCUUUUCGCCAACAAUUGUUCUUCUAUCCUUUCUGCCCACUUGACCAGUACUUCGUAAGCUUCCCCCCCACACCACCCUUUUCCUCAGCCCUCGCGCCCUUUUGCCCCCUUAUCGCGACUCUCUCGUCCCUCGCCCCGGCCGUCUAGUAAGGAAAGCAGAGGGUUGUCCCUUCUCUUUCUCUUCUCUUUCUUCCACGACCCUCUGUGCUUUCUUUCCGUUUACGACCAAUAUCGCGACAAGAAAGGGCUUGACACAAUGCGCGACCUUACCAAUGGACUCUUCAAGUUCCCAUCCAAGGAAGAGCGCGUCGCUGCGCGGGCCGGCGCGCCCCUGAACCCGUUCAAGCUCGCCGCGAUGCUGACGCCCAUGCAGGGCGCCAUGUUCUUUAGCGGCUGGCUCGCCUGGACCAUGGACGCCUGGGACUUCUUCUCCCUCUCGCUGUCCGUCACGGCCAUCGCGACGGAGUUUCACAAAGAGGCGUCCGACGUCACACUGGCCAUCACGCUCACCCUCCUCUUUCGCUCGGCUGGCGCGGCCAUUUUUGGCCUGAUCUCGGACCGUUACGGACGCAAAUGGCCUCUGGUUGCCAACUUGGUUAUCAUUGCCGUCUUGUCGCUCGGCACCGGCUUUGUCCAUUCCUUCUCGGCCUUCCUCGCCGUUCGCUGUCUCUUUGGUAUUGGCAUGGGCGGCAUCUGGGGCAUGGCGACGGCCACUGCGUUGGAAAACAUGCCUCCUGCUCCUCGCGGUCUCUUCUCGGGCAUCCUCCAGCAGGGCUAUGCCGUCGGCUACCUCUUUGCUGCCUCGGCUAACCUCGCCUGGAUUCAAAAGUCGGGCAACUGGCGGGAUCUCUUCUACCUCGGUGCCGGCCUCUCUCUGUUUGCCGCCAUCGUCCGCAUGCUGCUCCCGGAGUCAGAGCUAUUCAGGCGCCAGCAAGAGGCUCGCAGGGCUAGUGGCAAGGAGCACACCAACAAGGCCAAGCAAUUUGCCAUUGAGACGGGACACAUGCUCAAGACCAACUGGGGCCGUGUUAUCUUUGGCAUUCUCCUCAUGACCGGCUUCAACUUCCUGAGCCACUCGUCGCAAGACCUUUACCCCACCAUCAUCCAGAACACGCUGUCGAACCUGCCUCUGUCCAAGGCCAAGGAGCUGUCGAGCAAGGCGACAAUCAUUGGCAACUGUGGUGCUAUUGCUGGCGGGUUCCUUGCGGGCUACAUUAGCCAGUACCUUGGCCGUCGCCUGACCAUCAUUGUCUUUGUCGUUUUCACGGGUGCAAUGAUUGCCCCCUGGAUUCUCCCCACGACAUUCCCCGGACUGGCCGCGGGCGCCUUUUUCGUCCAAUUCGGCGUCCAAGGUGCCUGGGGCGUUGUUCCUAUCUACCUCAGCGAGAUUUCGCCGCCAGCCUUCCGAGCCACCUUCCCCGGCGUGGCAUACCAGGUCGGAAACAUGGUCUCGAGCGCCUCUUCGCAGAUUGAGGCCACUGGUGGCGAGCACAACAGAAUCCCCAAUCCCAGGUUCGGACAGCCCGGCGCCGGCGAUGCGGGCAAGAACCCGACGAUUCCCGACUAUGCCAAGGUGUCUGGAAUCUUGCUCGGCGUCGUCUGUGCCUACUUGAUCCUCGUCGUCAUCUUCGGCAAAGAGUACCGCGGUGCUGCAUUCGAAAAGGCACCCCUGGCCACCGAGGCGCACGCCGGCGAGAUCAACCCCGACGAACUCAAGGGGCCAGAGAGCUCUGAACACGUCGGCGAUGUCCGCCAACAGGCUGACGACGCCAGCUCAGACGAAAAGGUCUCGGACAAGGGUGAUGGCCAGUACAACGCCGAUGCGCUCAACAAGGCGUAAUUCUUCAUAUCUUUUCACGAUUCACGACAGUUCACGACUCGUCUGUGCAACUCCUCUCCUGUACUCUCUGCUUGUUCGCUUCACAUUCAUCGCUGCUUUCUUAGUUGGUCGUUGAAAUGAAUACCAG